AUGUGUGAUAAAAUGCAGCAUGGAAAUCAACUUCACUCCACAGUACAUUACAUGGAAUCUCAUGACUAUGAAGACUCAUGGGAACGUCACUGGAACAUUCAGUCUCAUGAUGUAGAAAAGAAGUUCUGCGGUACUAAGAAGGAAGAAAAAGCUAAUAUAAACAAAGUACUGGAAAACUUCAACAACUCUAUUGCCAGACGAAAUGCUGGUUAUGUUGUUCGACUUCCCUUGGAGGAAGAUCAUGAAUAUCUUCCAAACAAUAAAAUAUUAGCGCUCCACCGACUGCGAAGCGUGCUUCGCAAAUAUCAGCAAGAAUCACAUACUCUUGAGCAAUAUCAUAUCAUCUUUCAAGAUCAAAUUGCUGAAAAUAUCCUCGAAGAAGUGGAAGAGAACAAGGACACGGUUGGGAAGAUGAAGCAUUAUCUUCCACACCAACCCGUGUUCACCCCCCAGAAAGACACUACGAAAUUAAGAGUAGUGUUUGAUGCAUCCGCGCAUUAUAAAAACUGUCCUUCACUUAAUGAUAUUCUCCAUCAAGGACCAACCAUAUUGCCUAAGCUGUACGGAAUUCUUCUACGCUUCCGCACUGCAAAAUACGUUCUUCUAUCAGAUGUAGAAAAGGCAUUACUUCAAGUACAUCUUCACGAAGACGACAGAGAUUUUGCAAUAUGGUUAUGGAUAAGGGAUAUUACCAAACCAUUGACAGAUGAUAACCUGGUGGCAUACAGAUUCACCAGAGUCACCUUUGGGAUCAAUGCUUCACCAUUUCUUCUCAGCGCAACAAUCCUCUUCCAUUUGAGCAACUAUGCCGAAAAUGACGGAUUAGCUCGAGAAAUUUCGUCUAUUCUGUAUGUCGAUAAUUAA